GCCAAAGAGACCAUCUCGCUUCUCUCUUCCCUUUCCGCUCAUGGCUUCCUUCGUCGCCGUCGUCCUCCUCUUUCUCCUCUCGUCCUCCGCCCUCACUGCCGUCUCCGUCGUCCCCCCUCUGGACAUCCUCACCCUCUCCAAACAAGCUUGGGCCGCCCCUGCCGGCCGUAGCGACGAGGAGGUGAGAAUUAUCUACCAGGAGUGGAGGGUCAAGCAUCGCCCCGCCGAAAACGACCAAUAUGUGGGCGACUACCGGCUCGAGGUCUUCAAGGAGAACCUCCGGUUCGUGGACGAGCACAAUGCAGCGGCCGACCGCGGGGAGCACGCCUACCGCCUCGGGAUGAAUCGGUUCGCUGACCUCACCAACGAGGAGUACCGGGCCAGGUUCCUCAGGGACUUGUCCCGGCUGGGGAGAUCCACCUCCGGGGAGAUCAGCAAUCAGUACCGGCUGAGAGAAGGGGACGUUCUGCCCGAUUCCAUAGAUUGGAGGGAGAAGGGCGCCGUCGUCGCCGUAAAGAAUCAGGGCCGCUGCGGAAGUUGUUGGGCGUUUGCUGCAAUUGCUGCCGUCGAAGGUAUUAACCAAAUCGUCACCGGUGAUCUGAUUUCGCUUUCAGAACAGCAAUUAGUGGACUGCAGUACCAGAAACUAUGGCUGCGAAGGUGGAUGGCCAUAUCGUGCGUUCCAGUACAUCAUUAACAAUGGGGGUGUCAACAGUGAGGAGCACUAUCCGUACACAGGCACAAACGGGACUUGCAAUACGACCAAGGAAAAUGCUCAUGUUGUGUCAAUUGAUUCGUACAGAAACGUUCCUUCCAACGAUGAGAAGUCUCUCCAAAAGGCCGCGGCAAAUCAACCAAUUAGUGUCGGUAUCGAUGCCUCUGGAAGAAAUUUCCAACUUUAUCAUUCGGGAAUAUUCACCGGAAGCUGUAACACUUCAUUAAAUCAUGGUGUGACCGUAGUAGGUUACGGUACUGAAAAUGGCAACGACUACUGGAUUGUGAAGAACUCAUGGGGUGAGAACUGGGGUAAUUCUGGCUACAUACUGAUGGAACGGAACAUAGCAGAAUCUUCUGGCAAAUGUGGCAUUGCAAUCAGCCCCUCUUACCCCAUAAAAGUAGGGGCUACUAACCUGCGCAACCCUACUACCUCUUCUUCCUCUGUGCCUUCCCUCGUCGAGUCUCUUACCGCUUGCGAUAACUACUACACCUGCUCCGGCAGCACCACAUGCUGCUGCAUGCACGAGCGGGGCAAUCGCUGUUUCGCUUGGGGGUGCUGUCCGCUCGAGGGGGCGACCUGCUGCAAAGACCACUACAGCUGCUGCCCCUUUAACUACCCGAUCUGCAGCGUCGCUGAUGAUAACUGCCUAAUGAGCAAGAACAGUCCUCUCAGGGUGAAGGCUUCGAGACGCACUCCUGCGAUUCCCAAUUGGGUUUUAAGUAGCUCAGGGGGUCUGAAGAGCAGUGCAUGAUGAGACGACUAUAAGCAACGGCUCGCUAUGAUCGAUAUGUAUUAUCGAAUAAGAUGUUGCACGCUAGAUCUUUGAUAUAAGCUGAAUAAUGAUAAUAUUAUAUUGGUUGCCAUGUAAA